AUGUCACUAUUCCGGAGUAUCGUGUAUAACCUUCCAGAAAGCGACUUAAAGCCCGAAAUCGAACAAGAAUUGAUAUGUGCAAAUGAUACACAUAUUUUCACAAUUCCCAAGUAUGAAAUACAAAAUUUCAUUGGUUUGGCAUUUGUUUGA